UGUAUGUAGCUAAGCUCCUCCACGUUUAAUGAUAUCAUCACUUGACUAAGAAUAUAGUGUAUUGUUGUUCGGUUUUAGAGAACAAGAAGCGCAUUAAAGUUCCAUGUAUAUUGUAAUCUGGAUGAACGUUCUAAAGAUUGCUUCGGCGGCAGCUAUACGUAAUGGAAUAGCUAGAAAUGUGGCCAAAAAAUACCGACCAAUAAGUGUUUUAUCAACCGUUACGACCAAACCAGCUGGGAUGCAGAUUCAUCAGUUUCGACCCAUCAGUUAUUUGGCGUACCAUAACGAGAAUCCAGAAGACAUGGUAAACCGAUACGAAUGCUAUUUCUGUCGUGAGGACAUUGACGGCUGGGACGUACGUCAAGCCAUGAACGAUUUGGUGGCGUACGAUUCAGUUCCGGAGCCCCGGAUCAUCAUAGCCGCAUUGUACGCCUGCAGACGUCUCAAUGACUACGCCCUCUCCGUCCGAUUCCUGGAAAGCGUCAAAGACAAGUGUGGAAAUAACGUUAAGGAGAUUUGGCCGUACAUUGUACAGGAAAUCGCUCCAACUCUUUCGGAACUGGGAAUGAAUCUUCCUGAGGAGCUUGGCUACGAUAAACCUGAGAUGUACUUGCCCUCUGUUUAUGAUAUGUAGUGAUUUAUGAGUCACUCAAUAAAUGUU